AUGCGGUUCCUCUACAUGCUUCUCGCGCUCGUGGUUAGCUUACUGGCUGACAAUGAAGUUUAUGUUGUGGCAUUUAAAGAUGACACGAAGACGAAUUCAACACCAGCGUUUACCAGUGAAGUGCGCACUCUCGAAUCCACUCCCAUGAAAGAAGAACGUACGCAUGGUCAUGCGGUUGCGGCAGUCCCACACAAUAUUGUAACAACGCCUGAUAGCCCGAAAAAGAAGACAAAUUCCAAAUAUUACAACAAUGGCGUUAAGCAGCGCAUUGAACGUUUCUUCGAUCGAUAUUUUGGCAUCGGGGACGGCGUCACGCAUGGAGCAGCGAGGCUUUAG